AUGGUGUUGUGGAAUGACGGCGAGACGAGCUCGGAUUCGGUGCGGCCGCUGCCAGAUGAGCGCCCAGCAACAAUAGAGGAGAGGGAUUGCUCAGGCAUUGAUGCCACUGGAAAGCACCUUUGCAAGCAUGGGAAUGCUCCUGAGAGGCUUGUUGUGUUCGAUGGGCUGAACACUGGCCGUAGAUUUUAUGGUUGCGCCGAGAAGGCUUUGUAUAAGGAGGCCAAGGCAGGCAGAAUUAGUGAUAAUUUAGCUAAUGAGGAGAAGAUCUCUACGUUAGAAGCAGAAGUGAAGAUGGUACAGGAAAAGUACAACCAGCACAUUCAACUUACCAAGGACUUUUGUGAAUCUGUUCAGAAGUCUGUGCACAAGGAGAAUUAUAGGAAAAUAAUGAUGGAUGUGGAUGAGGAGAAGAUACAUCUAGAUGCAGCUGACAAGAUGAUCAAGUUAGAGAAAGAGAACUUUGAUCUGAAGAAGGAGGUUGAAAUGGCUGAAGAGGUUGCUGCUGAGCUCAAAAAAGAGAAGAAAAAACUUGAAUAUAACUUACAUGACCUUUCGAAGGUUGGAGAGGAGAACAAGAGGAAGCUGAAGAUGAUGAAGGCAAUCUUGGAGGAGUGA